AUGGCCAUCCAGACGUGUGUUGAAGAGGCGGAUAGAGUGGAUAUGGAAGGCACUCAAGAAAAAAUCCUGGCACCCUUUCGUAGCACAGCUGUCGUGAAAAUAGAAGGGAGCACAAGAAAUGAGUUAUUGCUAAGCUGCUCACACCUAGACAGAUGCAACCGCAAAGCAGAAAUUGGGUUCGAACAAUGGACAUUUCGGUCACAAGCUUCACCUUUCAACCGCUGA